GGUGCGCAGGAGCUGCAGCAGGCGCGGUCUCCUCCUGGAGGCCGGCGGGCGAUGCGGCUCCGAGGGUGACAGGAACUGGAACGGCCGCAACAUGGCCGACAGGGACAGGAACAGGGACUGGAACGGCCGCAACAUGGCCGACAGGGACAGGAACAGGGACUGGAACGACCGCAACAUGGCCGACAGGGACAGGAACAGGGACUGGAACGGCCGCAACAUGGCCGACAGGGACAGGGACUGGAACGACCCCUACUUGGCCGACGGGAACCGGACCAGGGACAGGAACGACCUCAACUUGGCCGACAGGGACUGGAACGACCCCUACUUGGCCGACGGGAACCGGACCAGGGACAGGAACGACCUCAACUUGGCCGACAGGGACAGGAACGACCUCAACUUGGCCGACAGGGACAGGAACGACCUCUACAUGGCCGACAGGGACUGGAACGACCUCUACAUGGCCGACAGGGACUGGAACGGCAUCUACUUGGCCGACAGGAACAGGAACGGCAUCUACUUGGCCGACAGGAACAGGAACGGCAUCUACUUGGCCAACAGGAACAGGAACGGCAUCUACUUGGCCGACAGGAACAGGAACGGCAUCUACUUGGCCGACAGGAACAGGAACGGCAUCUACUUGGCCGACAGGAACAGGAACGGCAUCUACUUGGCCGACAGGAACAGGAACGGCAUCUACUUGGCCGACAGGAACGGCAUCUACUUGGCCGACAGGAACAGGAACUUCACUAGAGCCGGCGGCGCUGCUCUCAGGCUCCUCACAGGAGCCGGCGGCGCUGCUCUCAGGCUCCUCACAGGAGCCGGCGGCGCUGCUCUCAGGCUCCUCACCGGAGCCGGCGGCGCUGCUCUCAGGCUCCUCACAGGAGCCGGCAGGGACUGAAACGGCAUCUCCUCUGGAGCUGGCAUGGCUACUUGCCGCUGCCGAGCUCGACGGAGCAGACGUCGGGCCUGAUCGGGUGUGCAUAGCACAUGUACGACAGGUGGUGCCCUCUGGCUGGGACAAGACCUGCGCGUGACUGGACUGAACUGGGACAGGAACGUGACUGGACUGAACUGGGACCGGAACGUGACUGGACUGAACUGGGACCGGAACGUGACUGGACUGGACUGGGACAGGAACGUGACUCGACUGAACUGGGCUCGACUGGACUGGAGACUGAACUGGGCUCGACUGGACUGGAGACUGAACUGGGCUCGACUGGACUGGAGACUGAACUGGGCUCGGCUGGACUGGAGACUGAACUGGGCUCGGCUGGACUGGAGACUGAACUGGGCUCGACUGGACUGGAGACUGAACUGGGCUCGGCUGGACUGAGAUCUGAGCAUGGCAAGGCUGAACUGGAACCGGAACGGGACACGACUGAGGUGGAGCUGGGGCUGGAAACUGAGCGUGGCUUGACUGACCUGACUGAGAGGUGGGACAUGAAGCGGCUGCUGGCUGCAGGCCCGGGAGUUGCAGGACCUCACGCAGGACAGGUUCCCUCAGGACGAGAGCGGCUGCUUCCUCGAACAAUUGUUCUCUCGAUGCGAGCAAAGCGCGUGCCAGACCCCUCUUCAUCCGCCGGAGUCGGUCAUAGAACGUCCGCACUCCGGGAUACUCAAGCCACCACCACUCUUCCUCCAGAAUCUCGAGUGCCAGCUUAACCAGACGGAGUUGCGCAUCAUCGCUGGACGCCUCCGCGUAUUCGCUCGCCAGUCGCCGGAAAUCCCCGCGGAUAUCCUUCGGUAAACUCGGGGGAACGACCUCCAUCACUCCGGGGCACGGUUACGCACGGAGGUGCGUAAACAGAGGGAAAGAAGGGGAAAAAAAAAAAAAAAAAAAAAAACCCGUAGCAGCCCUGGGUGCUGGCUGGGUCCAAGUCUGGCCAGAUCGUUCUGUCAGUAACGGCAUAUAAAGGACCCAAAUGCACAGCGCCAGGACACGAUGCAGAUGGUGAAAAAGGUGGGUUUAUUCCAGAAACGAAGUCACAAGGCAGUCCAGGUCAUACACAGGUGUCAAUACGGGAAAAGGCUCAGGUCUCAGAAUCCAAAUCGGCAGGCUUAGACAGGUCAUAAAACAGGCAGUGGUCAAUAACGGAACGAAGACUUACAGGGUCGGUAAGGAGCUGCGGGAACGUGAGAGUCAGGAAUCAGUAAACAACGAUCUGGCAGAGUACUGGUGUGAGAAGGGGUGCUUAAAUGCAAGGUGAGUGAUUACUGAUGAACUGCAGGUGUGUACAAUGAUCGGGUGAAGCAGGAACAGCUGUGACGUGACGUAAACCGGAAGUGAAGCUAGAACAAAAACAGAAACCGAGAGACUACCAAAAUAAAACAGGAAAUGGAAACCCAAAACAUGAAUAUAAGGCUGAUGAACAGAGUCCUACAAAAUAAAACCGAGAACAGAACCAGAACCUGACAGUGCUUUUGUGGUGUACUGAGCUGUUUUGAAGUAGCCUGGCAUCAACACAUGACCAGUAGAAGCUGUUCUGAAUGAAACCAUUGCAUAAACACUAAAACAUCGUUUUUGAGCUUUUCAGAUCAUAAGAACACUAGUUUAAGCCAAGACAUAUGCAACUGUACAUUUAGAAUGCAUUGAGCUGUUUGGCAGUAUUCUGGCAUCAGAAUAUGACCAUUAGAGGCUGUUCUGGUGGAAACCAAUGCAGAAACACUAAAACAUUGUUGUUGAGCUUUUCAGAUCAUAAGAACACUAGUUUCAACCAAGGCAUUUGCAACUGUGCUUUUAUGGUGUAUUGAGCUGUUUUAAAGUAGCCUGGAAUCAACACAUGACCAGUAGAAGCUGUUCUGAAUUAAACCAUUGCAUAAACACGAAAACAUCGUUUUUGAGCUUUUCAGAUCAUAAGAACACUAGUUUAAGCCAAGACAUAUGCAACUGUACAUUUAGAAUGCAUUGAGCAUGUUCUGAUGCCAGACAGUAUUCUGGCAUCAGAACAUGACCAUUAGAGGCUGUUCUGGUGGAAACCAAUGCAGAAACACUAAAACAUCGUUUUUGAGCUUUUCAGAUCAUAAGAACACUAGUUUAAACCAAGGCAUUUGCAACUGCACAAUUAGGAUGCAUUGAGCUGUUUGACAGUAUUCUUGCAUCACAACAUGACCAUUAGAGGCUGUUCAGGUGGAAACCAAUGCAUAAACACUAAAACAUCGUUUUUGAGCUUUUCAGGUCAUAAGAACACGAGUUUAAACCAAGGCACUUGCAACUGUGCUUUUAUGGUGUAUUGAGCUGUUUUAAAGUGACCUAGUAUCAGAACUUGACCAUCUGAAGCUGUAAUGUUAGAAACUAAUGCAUAAACACUAAAACAUCGUUUUUCAGCUUUUCAGGUCAUAAGAACACUAGUUUAAACCAAGACAUAUGCAACUGCACAUUUAGGAUACAUUGAGCUAUUUGACAGUAUUCUGGCAUCAGAACAAGACCAUUAGAGGCUGUUCAGGUGGAAACCAAUGCAGAAACACUAAAACAUCGUUGUUGGGCUAUUUAGAUCAUAAGAACACUAGUUUACACCAAGGGAAUUGCAACUGUGCUUUUAUGGUGUAUUGAGCUGUUUUAAAGUAGCCUGGCAUCAACACAUGACCAGUAGAGGCUGUUCAGGUGGAAACCAAUGCAGAAACACUAAAAUAUCAUUGUUGAGCUUUUCACAUCAUAAAAACAGUAGUUUAAACCAAGGCAUUUGCAACUGUGCUUUUAGGAUGCAUUGAGCUGUUUGACAGUAUUCUGGCAUCAGAACAAGACCAUUAGAGGCUGUUCAGGUGGAAACCAAUGCAAAAACACUAAAACAUCGUUGUUGAGCUUUUCAGGCCAGAAGAAAACUAGUUUAAACCUCGACAUUUUCAACUGUGCUUUUAUGGUGUACUGAGCUGUUUUAAAGUAGCCUGGCAUCAACACAUGACCAGUAGAAGCUGUUCUGAAUGAAACCAAUGCAUAAACACUAAAACAUCGUUUUUGAGCUUUUCAGGUCAUAAAAACACUAGUUUAAACCAAGGCAUUUGCAACUGUGCUUUUAUGGUGUAUUGAGCUGUUUUAAAGUUGCCUGGUAUCAGAACAUGACCAUCUUAAGCUGUAAUGUUAGAAACCAAUGCCUACACACUAAAACAUCGUUUUUGAGCUUUUCGGGCCAUAAGAAAAGUAGUUUAAACCUUGACAUUUGGAACUGUGCUUUUAUGGUGCAUUGAGCUGUUUGACAGUAUUCUGGCAUCAGAAUAUGACCAUUAGAGGCUGUUCAGGUGGAAACCAAUGCAAAAACACUAAAACAUCGUUGUUGAGCUUUUCAGGCCAGAAGAAAACUAGUUUAAACCUCGACAUUUGCAACUGUGCUUUUAUGGUGUACUGAGCUGUUUUAAAGUAGCCUGGCAUCAACACAUGACCAGUAGAAGCUGUUCUGAAUGAAACCAUUGCAUAAACACUAAAACAUCGUUGUUGAGCUUUUCAGAUCAUAAGAACACUAGUUUCAACCAAGGCAUUUGCAACUGUACAUUUAAGAUGCAUUGAGCUGUUUGACAGCAUUCUGGCAUCAGAACAUGACCAUUAGAGGCUGUUCAGGUGGAAACCAAUGCAGAAACACUAAAACAUUGUUGUUGAGCUUUUCAGGCCAUAAGAAAACUAGUUUAAACUUCGACAUUUGCAACUGUGCUUUUAUUGUGUACUGAGCUGUUUUAAAGUAGUCUGACAUCAACACAUGACCAGUAGAGGCUGUUCUGAAUGAAACCAAUGCAUAAACACUAAAACAUCGUUUUUGAGCUUUUCAGAUCAUAAGAACACUAGUUUAAACCAAGACAUAUGCAACUGUACAUUUAGGAUGCAUUGAGCUGUUUGACAGUACAGUAUUCUCGCAUCAGAACAUGACCAUUAAAGGCUGUUCAGGUGGAAACCAAUGCAGAAACACUAAAACAUUGUUUUUGAGCUUUUCAGAUCAUAAGAACACUAGUUUAAACCACCGCAUAUGCAACUGUGCUUUUUAUGGUGUAUUGAGCUGUUUUAAAGUUGCCUGGUAUCAGAACAUGACCAUCUUAAGCUGUAAUGUUAGAAACCAAUGCAUAAACACUAAAACAUCGUUUUUGAGCUUUUCAGAUCAUAAGAACACUAGUUUAAACCAAGACAUAUGCAACUGUACAUUUAGGAUGCAUUGAGCUGUUUGACAGUAUUCUGGCAUCAGAACAUGACCAUUAGAGGCUGUUCUGAUGGAAACCAAUGCAGAAACACUAAAACAUUGUUGUUGAGCUUUUCACAUCAUAAGAACACUAGUUUAAACCAAGGCAUUUGCAACUGUGCUUUUAUGGUGUAUUGAGCUGUUUUAAAGUUGCCUGGUAUCAGAACAUGACCAUCUUAAGCUGUAAUGUUAGAAACCAAUGCAUAAACACUAAAACAUCGUUUUUGAGCUUUUCGGGCCAUAAGAAAACUAGUUUAAACCUUGACAUUGGAACUGUGCUUUUAUGGUGCAUUGAGCUGUUUGACAGUAUUCUGGCAUGAGAAUAUGACCAUUAGAGGCGGGUGGAAACCAAUGCAAAAAAACUAAAACAUCGUUGUUGAGCUUUUCAGGCCUGAAGAAAACUAGUUUAAACCUUGACAUUUGCAACUGUGCUUUUAUGGUGUACUGAGCUGUUUUAAAGUAGCCUGGCAUCAACACAUUACCAGUAGAAGCUGUUCUGAAUGAAACCAUUGCAUAAACACUAAAACAUCGUUUUUGAGCUUUUCAGAUCAUAAGAAAACUAGUUUAAACCUUGACAUAUGCAAAUGUACGUUUAAGAUGCAUUGAGCUGUUUGACAGCAUUCUGGCAUCAGAACAUGACCAUUAGAGGCUGUUCAGGUGGAAACCAAUGCAGAAACACUAAAACAUCGUUGUUGAGCUUUUCAGGCCAUAAGAAAACUAGUCUAAACAUCGACAUUUGCAACUGUGCUUUUAUGGUGUACUGAGCUGUUUUAAAGUAGUCUGACAUCAACACAUGACCAGUAGAGGCUGUUCUGAAUGAAACCAAUGCAUAAACACUAAAACAUCGUUUUUGAGCUUUCCAGGUCAUAAAAAAACUAGUUUAAACCUUGACAUUUGCAACUGUGCUUUUAUGGUGCAUUGAGCUGUUUGACAGUAUUCUGGCAUCAGAAUAUGACCAUUAGAGGCUGUUCAGGUGGAAACCAAUGCAAAAACACUAAAACAUCGUUGUUGAGCUUUUCAGGCCAGAAGAAAACUAGUUUAAACCUCGACAUUUGCAACUGUGCUUUAUUGGUGUACUGAGCUGUUUUAAAGUAGCCUGGCAUCAACACAUGACCAGUAGAAGCUGUUCUGAAUGAAACCAAUGCAUAAACACUAAAACAUCGUUUUUGAGCUGUUCAGAUCAUAAGAACACUAGUUUAAACCUUGACAUUUGCAACUGUGCUUUUAGGAUGCAUUGAGCUGUUUGACAGUAUUCUGGCAUCAGAACAAGACCAUUAGAGGCUGUUCAGGUGGAAACCAAUGCAGAAACACUAAAACAUUGUUGUUGAGCUUUUCAGAUCAUAAGAACACUAGUUUAAACCAAGGCAUUUGCAACUGUGCUUUUAUGGUGUUUUGAGCUGUUUUAAAGUUGCCUGGUAUCAGAACAUGACCAUCUUAAGCUGUAAUGUUAGAAACCAAUGCAUAAACACUAAAACAUUGUUUUUGAGCUUUUCAGGCCAUAAGAAAACUAGUUUAAACCACGGCAUAUGCAACUAUGCUUUUAGGGUGUAUUGACCUGUUUGACAGUAUCCUGGCAUCAGAACAUGACCAUUAGAGGCUGUUCUAAUGGAAACCAACGCAGAAACACUAAAACAUUCUUUUUUGAGCUUUUCUAGCCAAAAGAAAAUUAGUUUAAACCUCAACAUUUGCAACUAUGCUUUUAUGGUGUACUGACCUGUUUGACAGUAUCCUGGCAUCAGAACAUGACCAUUAGAGGCUGUUCUGAUGGAAACCAACGCAGAAACACUAAAACAUCGUUUUUGUGCUUGUCAGGCCAUGAGAAACCUAGUUUAAACCACAACAUUUGCAACUGUGCUUUUAUGGUGUACUGAGCUGUUUUAAAGUAGCCUGGCAUCAACACGUGACCAGUAAAGGCUGUUUUGAAUGCAACCAAUGCAGAAACACUAAAACAUCAUUUUUGAGCUUGUCAGGUCAUAAGAAAACUAGUUUAAACCACAGCAUCUGCAACUGUGCUUUUAUGGUGUACUGAGCUGUUUUAAAGUAGCCUGGCAUCAACACGUGACCAGUAGGGGCUGUUCUGAAUGCAACCAAUGCAGAAACACUAAAACAUCGUUUUUGAGCUUGUCAGGCCAUAAGAAAACUAGUUUAAACCACAGCAUAUGCAACUAUGCUUUUAGGGUGUAUUGACCUAAUUGACAGAAUCCUGGCAUCAGAACAUGACCAUUAGAGGCUAUUCUGAUGGAAACCAAUGCAGAAACACUAAAAUAUCGUUUUUGAGCUUGUCAGGCCAUAAGAAAACUAGUUUAAACCACAACAUUUGCAACUGUGCUUUUAUGGUGUACUGAGCUGUUUUAAAGUAGCCUGGCAUCAACACGUGACCAGUAGGGGCUGUUCUGAAUGCAACCAAUGCAGAAACACUAAAACAUCGUUUUUGAGCUUGUCAGGCCAUAAGAAAACUAGUUUAAACCACAGCAUAUGCAACUAUGCUUUUAGGGUGUAUUGACCUAAUUGACAGAAUCCUGGCAUCAGAACAUGACAAUUAGAGGCUGUUCUGAUGGAAACCAAGGCAGAAACACUUAAACAUCGUUUUUGAGCUUUUCCAGCCAAAAGGAAACUAGUUUAAACCUCAACAUUUGCAACUGUGCUUUUAUGGUGUAUUGAACCUGUUUGACAGCAUCCUGGCAUCAGAACAUGACCAGUAGAGGCUGUUCUGAUGGAAACCAAUGCAGAAACAAUAAAACCUUGUUUUUGAGCUUUUCAGGCCAAAGGGAAACUAGUUUAAACCACAGCAUCUGCAACUGUGCUUUUAUGGCGUACUGAGCUGUUUUAAAGUAGCCUGGCAUCAACACGUGACCAGUAACGGCUGUUCUGAAUGCAACCAAUGCAGAAACACUAAAACAUCGUUUUUGAGCUUGUCAGGCCAUAAGAAAACUAGUUUAAACCACGGCGCAUGCAACUAUGCUUUUAGGGUGUAUUGACCUGUUUGACAGUAUCCUGGCAUCAGAACAUGACCAUUAGAGGCUGUUCUAAAGGAAACCAACGCAGAAACACUAAAACAUCGUUUUUGAGCUUUUCUAGCCAAAAGAAAACUAGUUUAAACCUCAACAUUUGCAACUGUGCUUUUAUGGUGUACUGAGCUGUUUUAAAGUAGCCUGGCAUCAACACGUGACCAGUAGAGGCUGUUCUGAAUGCAACCAAUGCAGAAACACUAAAACAUCGUUUUUGAGCUUGUCAGGCCAUAAGAAAACUAGUUUAAACCACAGCAUAUGCAACUAUGCUUUUAGGGAGUAUUGACCUAAUUGACAGAAUCCUGGCAUCAGAACAUGACAAUUAGAGGCUGUUCUGAUGGAAACCAAUGCAGAAACACUAAAACAUCGUUUUUGAGCUUUUCUAGCCAAAAGAAAACUAGUUUAAACCACGGCAUAUGCAACUAUGCUUUUAGGGUGUAUUGACCUGUUUGACAGUAUCCUGGCAUCAGAACAUGACCAGUAGAGGCUGUUUUGAAUGGAACCAAUGCAGAAACACUAAAACAUCAUUUUUGAGCUUGUCAGGCCAUAAGAAAACUAAUUUAAACCACGGCAUAUGCAUCUAUGCUUUUAGGGUGUAUUGACCUGUUUGACAGCAUCCUGGCAUCAGAACAUGACCAUUACAGGCUGUUCUGAUGGAAACCAACGCAGAAACACUUAAACAUCGUUUUUGAGCUUUUCCAGCCAAAAGGAAACUAGUUUAAACCUCAACAUUUGCAACUGUGCUUUUAUGGUGUAUUGAACCUGUUUGACAGCAUCCUGGCAUCAGAACAUGACCAUUAGAGGCUGUUCUGAU